UAAACAUAACUAGGUGGCCAAUUAAAAGUGUUUCAAUCUUUCACUGAUUGUCAAUGUGGAUGAUGUGAGGAAAGUAAAAAAAAUUAAAAAAUCAUUCAAUGAACAAAACAUUUAAGUGUUCUAGGAGUUGCUGAAUAUUGUUGUACCGGUAUUGGUGUGUUUAGCUAGUAUGAUGAUUUUCUUUAUACAGUGUGAAACCCAAUAAUAAACUUGACUAGGUGGCCAGUUAAGCAUUUUUCAGCCUGAUUAUCAGUGUAUAUGAUGUGAGGAAAGUGAGUUUCUGGAUAUUUACUGUACAGGGCUGAUUAUACAGACUUUAUACAGUAUGAAAACCACCAAUGAAGUCAGCUAAGAGUUGCUCAAUAGUUUCUGUGAUGGUAUGUUGAGCUGGGGUCAUUAUUAACUUUACACAGUGUAAGAACCAACUAUAAACUCAACUAGGCAUAUAGAUAUCCUGUUGAAAGAUUUGCAGCCUGCUUCACUUAUUGUUUCUGUGGAUGGUGUUGCCUCCAAAUCAAAGUGAAAAAGUGGUAGGAUCAAUCAGCAGUUGUGUGUGCGUUUAGAGUCGCUGAGUUCAGUUGGAGCAAUUACAGAUUUUAAGGAUCCAACAUCAACUACAAGUUUAUACAGUGCGAAAACCAACAAUAAAGUCAACUAAGCAUGGUUGGUCAGCUAGAAGGUUUCUAGUCUUUCACUGAUUGCCUCCGUGGAUUUAUUAAAUGAACCAAAAAAUAGAGUGUUGUAGCAGUUGUUGCAUAAUGUCUGCUGUGCUGGAGUGUUCAACUGGAGGAUAAUUGUGAAAGCCAGCAAUAAAGCCAACUAAACAUAGGUGGUUAGCUAGAAUGUUUUUAGUCUCUCACAGAUUGCCUGUGUGGGAGUUUUAAAAAGUAGUUAGAUGAACAAAAAACUAAGUGUUGUACAGUUGUAUAAUUUCUGCUGUGCUGGUGUGUUCAGCUGGGGAGUAAUUGUGGACUUUUAAGAAACCAGCUAUGGAUGGGUGGUUGAUAUUAUUGUUUUGUCAUGGACUGUAUGUGUAGCUCUUUGAAGAAGCGUAUAUCUAUGUUUGCCUGUAGGAGACAUGAAAACCAGUUCUGAUGAUUUCUUUACUUUGAAACAACAGUUUGAUGGAAGUUUAUAACUGGAUCUACUUUGUACUAAUUUCUAUACAUGUUCUAGUUUUGCCGAGAUUUAUAAAACCUGUAUGGACAUGAAAGCUGUCUUACGCCAUGUAUACAGCUAGUUUAUAUACUGAAAGAUCAACUUCACACUAAUAGCCCUUGCAGCGCAGUUAAUUACACCAGCUAAAACAAAUGCUCAGGCACAAUUAUUAAGUAAGUUAAUUUGACUUGAGAGUUAACUGAAAAACACAUAGGAAGAGUUAACGUAAAUACACAUACAAAUAGUUAAAUCAAAUAUAUGUAAAUCAAAUACACAUAGGAAGAGUUCACUCAAAUACUUGUUAUGAGUAGGUACCUGUAUUACUUUGAGUGCAGUAAAGUAAUAUUAAUAUUAGAGUAUGUGUUGUAAAAAUAAUUCUUAAAGUGCAUGUAAAAACAAAUCUUGCCUUUAUGUGUAUUAUCAAAAUACUCAGAAAUCUUUUCCUGAAGAAAUGGUAAUUAAUUUUAUAUACUGUGUUGCAAGUCAGUUAUAAAAUAUAUAAAUUUUUCUAAAGAAGAACUACAAUGACUGGCUUUUAAUAAUCACUACUGAUACAAUAUCCCAUUUGCUGUCACCACAGCAUGCUGCUUAAUUAAAUUAACUACAGUUUUAAAUCAAAAUAAACAGACACAUCAAAAUUGUGAAACCCGCGGCAACUUGGAUCAGUAUAAUCCAUCAAGUUUGAGUUUAUUGCGUUUGUACUCUGCCUAUGGUUUGUUUCUCGUUUGUAUUGAAAGAGGUGUUACAGAUUUUGCCUUGUACAUGUACCUGGUUCAGAUGAAAGACCUUGGUAGUAAUGGCCUUAAUUUGAUGAAUGGCCGUGUCAAAGGAAUGUACGUCAUGGGUCAAGCCUAGAAAGAAAAAAUGUACAAAACUAUCCCAUUAAAAUAUGUAAACUAUUCAAAGGGCAUAAAUUUACAUUUUUGGUUUUACAUUACUUGCGAGAUGAAUGCAAAGUCGAGUGUAAAAUAUGUCAGUAUGAAAUAUUGUAAAUAAUUUUAAUUAAUAUGUUGUGUAUAACAAUUUACAGUUACUGUACCUUUACAUUAAUGUAAUUAAUAUUUGAUAUAUAUGAUUAUCAAAAUAUUGCACAUGGACACAUAAUUAACAUCAUACAUAAAUAUAUACUUUCAUCUUUAUUAAUGUUAAGGGUCGUCUUCAUUAUCAUCUUGGCUUAGACACAAGUUCCAUUUCUGGCUGUUUGCCUGGACUACAUCAGCCUUCCAGAUAUCAUGGUAUGAGUAAUGGCUACAUAUAAUGAUGUUCAUGUGUGUACUAGAGGACGACAGCCAGAUGGCCUCUGUAAAAACUACCUGUAGAUACUAGAGGUUGACAUUAGGCAGGUAACAGUGCUUGAUCUGGAACACUAGAAUGAAGCCAAAUGGAUGGAAUUCACUUUCAUUAGACCACGCGUGAUUGAAAUUGAAAUUUAAUUAAUUAAAACCAACUUGAUUCAGUCUAACUUACUAAACCCAACUUGAUUGAAUUCAACUUGAUUAAAGCCAAAGUCAGUCGACUGGAGUCAGCUUGAUUUGAUUCAGCUUUAUUGGAACCAAUUUCAUUGUGAAGUUAAAAUUAAUUAGUGUCAACAUGAUUACAGUCAACUUGAUGGAAGCCAACUUGCUUGAACUCAACUAUUAAAGCCAGUUUGAUUGAAGUAACUUGAUUAAACCAACUUCACCGAAUUCAACUCACUUGAAACCACUUUGAUUGAAGUCAAAAUUAAUUGAGUCAACUUGAUUAAAGUCAUCUUGACUGAAGCCAAUUUGAUUUAAAUUGACUUGAUUAAAUUAAACUUGAUUAAAUUCUACUUGAUCGAAGUUGACUUGAUUAAAUUUGAUUAAAUUGAAGUCAAAUUGACUUGAUUAAAUUAAACUUGAUUUGCAGUCAGCUUGAUUAAAUUGAAGUCAGUUUGAUUGAAUCCUCUUUGAUAUCUUUGUCACCGCAACCUUUUUACAGUUGAAACAUCUUGUUACCCUGUGUGCCUUACUUGACUGUGGAUGCAUGCAGUGGAGUUUUUCAAGACUUACACUCGCACAAACAUCUGUUUUCCAUAUAUGGCAAGUGGAGGGAGCUGGGCAGACGGCUUGAGGGAAACAUCUGUUAUUAUCACUAACUGACAGAAGAGUGAGUGAGUGAGAGAGAGUUAAACUCUAUCUACCUCGGCCAUCAGACCUGCCAUGCUUGUAUACCUCGAUUCCUGAACUCCGGGUUAUCUCGUCUUUCUUUAGUUUUACAAAUACACACACACACAUGUUAUCCAGUUUUCUGGAGUUACUUUUAAAACUACGCACUGUGUGUGUAUAUACAUGUGUAUGUAUAAUAUAUAUAUAUAUAUAUAUAUACCUGGAUUGAUCUCGUGCCAGGUCAGGCCAGUCUGUAUAGAGUGUUUACCCUGCGCGUUGUAUUCUCGUAUAUCCAGUGAUUUAGUGUACAGCAUCUUCCAAGAUAACCUUGCCUCAUCUUUUUUGCGUAUCACAUUGGUUCCAGCGUUAAAUGUGUUCGGUGGGUGAGGAAUUUUCAGUACAAGACCAGUCCAUUCUGGGAAUCUUCAAGAGAGACCGGUCUUCUUCUUUGUGGAAAUAUUUUAUUGUUUACUGUUGGUUCUGUGAACCAUCAAGAAAAAGUGUUUUUUUUGUGAAUGUCUGUUGUUUAUGAUAAGUUCACUGACUCUUCAACGUAGUACAUAUUCUUGUGAAUGUAUCAGUUGUUUACCGUCAGUUCUGUGAAUGUUACAGAUACAUGUUAUAGAUGAUACUUUGUGUGUGAAUAUUUGUUGUAUGCUGUCAGUUCUGCGGAUGUUGAAGGCAGAGCAGUAUUUUUGUGUGAUUAUUUGUUUACCAUUUGGUGUACCAUCAUUUGUGUGAAUCUUCAAGAAGCUGCAGGAUUUGUGUGUGAACAUAUCAGUUAUUUAUCAUCAAUUGUGUGAAUUUUCUGGAUUUAUGUGUGAAUAUUUCUGUUGUUUAUCAUCAAUUGUGUGAAUCUUCAAGAAACUGCCAUAUUUUUGUGUGAAUAUACCAGUUGUUUAUUAUCAGUUGUGUGAAAUUUCAAGAAAGUACAGGAUUUCUUUGUGAAAGUAUCAGUUGUUUACCAUCAUUUGUGAGAAUCAUCAAGUUGUCUUGACAUAAUUACAACAUGAUUAUCUGUGGGUAUCUCUUAUUUAUCACAGGUGUGGACAAGGCUAUCAAGUAUUCUGAAUUACAAUUUAACAAUUUCACUGAUUCUCUGACUUACCGGAAUGUACAAGUCUCAUCACCUGAGGUUGUCUGAGGUCACCGAUUACAUUGUGAGCUUGUGUGGGUUUCUUCUCUGCUGUGUCGGGUGUUAGCAUGCAGAAGAAGUAUGCAUGUGUGAAGCUGGUGCACUCCCGGGUAACACUGUACUACUCUAGUAAGAUCGACCUGCGGUGGCGACGGUCACUUCACCACUGUCAAUCAUGUAAGAUUCUUGGAUGCUAUGGCGUCAAGUGUGGCGCCAUCCAUUACGGGAUAUGUUCGGCGAUCGCGUUCCCAUUUUUCCUGGGAGACAAAACCAAAAAGACAUCUCCGGCAACGAAAUCACAGGACACUCGAAGUCGUCUUCCACAGAAUAAGAGUGAUACCGUCUCACAAAAUGAGACCGAUGUCACAUCUCCCCGUGUACCACAGAGUGAUUCAAAUGCCGUCUCACAUUUACCAGAGAGUGAGACGAAUGUCCCGUCUCCCCGCCUGCCUCAGACUGAGACGAAUACGAUCUCGCAUAUACCGCAGGGUGAGACGAACACACGGUGCUACCGACCUCAGAGUGAGACCAAUACCAUCUCACGGCUACCACAGAGUGAGACAAAUGUGUUGAGUCUACCGCAGGGUGCGGUCAUACAGCAGCCAGCUGUUGCUAGUGCUAAGGAAAGAGAAACUCUUCCCGGAUAUUCACUUGAAAAACAUGUCUCGGACAAAUCAAAAUAUGACGACAUCAGCAAAACAGUACAGGACACCCCGCCGUUUCCAAACUGUCUCGAAGACAAGGAAAAUAAACAAACUCGGCAGGUGCCUGUUCCAAGGACAUCGUUCAGAAACUCUAGUGUCAGUAUUCCAAAGUUCUACUUCCCGAAGGGGAGACCCGUUUCGGUGGAUGAAAGUGAUACCGUGUUACAAAGUGUGGCUCAGGAGUUUGCGAGUUUCGAACAUGGAAAAGCUUACAAACAACAGAUGGGUGUCAUAGCAAAGGCUUGUGGUCUUCCAUUUUACUGGAAAAGUAUGUUGUUCCAUGCCUCAGGGGGCAGGGAGCUGGGCUUUAUUACGCUUCAAGCAUUUACAGCCAUGUGGAGGCAACUAGUCAAGUGCUGUCACGACCAGGCAGCUAAAUUUGUUCACCUACUAGGCAAGUCUGGGUGUCACUACCUUCAGGAGGAUGACUUCAUGCCCCUGAUUCAGGAUGUAGUGGAUGCUCAUCCGGGACUUAGCUUUCUACAAGAAGCUCCAGAAUUUCACUCUAGAUAUGUUAAUACUGUGAUAUCAAGAAUAUUUUUCUGUGUCAAUCGGUCGUGGUCAGGCAGAAUCACGGCUACAGAACUCAGAAAAAGCAACUUCCUGAGAACGUUGGCGUUACUGGAAGACGAAGAAGACAUUAACCAGGUGUCAGACUAUUUCUCGUACGAACACUUCUACGUGAUCUACUGUAAAUUCUGGGAGUUGGAUCAGGAUCAUGACCUGUUUAUCAGCAAGUCGGACCUCUCCAGACAUAACGAACACGCUCUCUCUACCAGAGUCAUAGACAGAAUAUUUUCCGGUGCUGUUACAAGGGGUCCGAGACAGAGGGAAGGACGUAUGAGUUACCCCGAAUUUGUCUGGUUCUUGAUAGCAGAAGAAGAUAAAAAAAAUCCAACCAGUAUUGAGUACUGGUUCCGAUGCAUGGAUCUCGAUGGAGACGGGGUCAUAUCGAUGUACGAGAUGGAAUAUUUCUACGAGGAACAGAUGCAGAAGAUGGAGUCUAUGGGAAUUGAGAAACUUCCCUUUGAAGACUGUCUCUGUCAGAUGUUGGAUAUGGUUCGACCCAGACAACAGGGGCAGAUAACUCUGAGUGACCUAAAGGCGUGCAAGAUGACGGACAUUUUCUUUGAUACGUUCUUCAACCUGGACAAGUUCCUGGAGCAUGAGCAGAGAGAUCCGUUUGCUAAUAUACAGGAUCCAGAUUCGGCAGGAACUGAGUUGUCGGAUUGGGAAAAGUAUGCAGCGGAGGAAUAUGAAAUUCUUGUGGCCGAGGAAGGAGCCAAUGAGUUGGAGGAAAUCUGGUACUGGCCGUUUUCACAAAGUCAUUAUGAAGAUGAUUUUGAGCCGGAUGAUGAUGAUCUUGGUGAUGAAAUGAUUCGGCUCGCUGACCCCCCACAGCGGAAAGUUAAAACCAACCUUCAGAAGGAAGACAUUUAUGACUUCAGUUCAAACAGUCUUGGAUACUGAACAUCAAAUGGAUACUGAACAUGAACAUCAAAUGGAUACUGAACAUCAAAUGGAUACUGAACAUCAAAGCUGCCUUAAUAAAUAAAGAGAGAAACAAAAAGAGAAGAUAUUUAUGCACCAGGUUUUGAAUACUGAAAAUCAUGACCAUCGAUCCAAAGAUGAUAAUUACUUCAAGACAGUCUUACUCUUUUAAGUCCAGGCUGGCCUGCGUAGUCAUAGUUACUGAAGGUCGACUUAAAUCUGGCUGAAGAGGAUAGUUAUGACUAGUUGAAACAGUCUAUGACAGUCAAGUGUAUCUGUCUUCUGAAGGAUGUCCAUGACUCCUUUAAACAGUAUCAAUUGCAGAAGGUCUAGGCUUGAUAACCGAAGGUCAUUGCUGACCAGUGUUUGCAUGCUGAAGGUCAAGGUCAAACUAACAUGAAAGAAUGUUCAUAACAUUUGGUCAAAAGUCUAGGGUUUUACCUAAGAUGAGGGCCACUAUGUCCAGUCUUGGAUGCAGAAAGUCAAAAGUCGUCUAGUCUUGGUUACUGAAGGUCAAGGUUGAAUUGUCAAAAAAAAAGGAUACAUCUCUGUAUGUCCACACAAGAACUGCAGUACAACUUAGACAUAGUGCUAAUUAGUUUUAGCUGUUCCGUUUGUUAACAAGCACUUAUCCCAUCGGAAUUUGUCAUUUAGAAAUAAUUAUAGUGAAAUUAUUUUAUUUUAUUAAUCUAUCAAAGAGGAUAUGUUCUUAAACCUGGACUACCCAGAGUUCCUCAUACACACUGGCUCGCGUAGUGGGAAGAAUCAAGAUGUAUUGUCACGGAGAGCGGCAGUCUUCCAAUGGAUGAAGUACCAGACAGUAUUCUCAGCCUUGUUAAAAAAAAAACUCCUUUGGACUCUGUCUACUUAUUGGUUUUGUUGUUGAGAUUUUCAGAUGUGUCCACAUGUUUUCGGUCCGUCCAUCAAUGGGUUAAUGACAAUAAUGGGCCGAAUUUACGUAGCCUGUUUAAGCAAUUGUACAUGUAUGUAGUUACAUGUGUGUAAGUCUAAAACAGGCUUGGUGAAUUCUGCCCAACAUGUUUUAAGGUGAAGCAGGGGUGAAUUCACGACCAGUUCUUUCAUUCAUUUCAUUUCAUUUAUUUAUGGUUAUUAAUUUCGUGCUUAUAACCAAUUAAGGUUUAAAGCAUGCUGUCCUGGGCACACACACACAUACACAUACACACACCAGGCCUGGUGCUUAUAAAACUUUUAGAGUGUAAACUCGAUAUUCUAAUAAGAGUCUGAGAUGUGAAUGCCAUGACAACGCCAUACAAAUUGUAUGCAUACGAUGUCAUUAGAGAUCGAGUCUGGACUCUAAAGGUUUUAUUAGCACGGGCAGUGGUUAGUGGUUAGUUUGUUCGUGAGAGAGAGAGAGAGAGUUGAUGUAGUGGCCUUACACUUACCCACUGAGUCGUCAAACUCAGUCUGGGUACGAACUGGUGUGCAGAGGUGAACCCAGUACCCACCAGCCUUAUGCCUGAUGGCUUAAACCACCACACCAUUGAGGCACACCAGGUUUUAAAAAAAAAUUUUUUUAUUAAACCUCCAAGUGACCAAUCGGACAGUGAUGAUGGCUUAUAAGGAACCUCCUACUGACCAAUGGGAAAAGGACAAUUUUUCUAUGAGAAGCUGUGUGUGUGUAUUUAUUUUUCAAGACUUUAACAUGUACUAUAUUAGUAUAUUUAUUGUUUGCAGACUGUGAACCUGUUAUUAGACAUGUUUUUGUAUUAAUAUACAUACAUGCACUAUUCUAUUUAUUAUUAUUGAUGUAGUAUACUGUAUAGUUGAAACAUGAAUUUUACUAAUCAUCCAUUUCAUACAUUUGUUGAUAUCACUAAACUAGUGGUUGCCAAAAUGGAGUCGCUGUAUUACUUGUCACCAAUAAGAUAACACAUUUCUUUAUUUUGGAGAGCAGUAGGAAGGGGAGAUAAAUGAAUUUUUAAACACAUUUCUUUAUUUUGGAGAGAGGUAGAAAGGGGGAUAAAUGAAUUGUUAAACACAUUUCUUUAUUUCGGAGAAAUAGGAAGCGAGGGAUAAAUGAAUUUUUAAACACAUUUCUUUAUUUUGAAGAGGGGUAGGAAGAGGGGAUAAAUGCAUUUUUAAACAAAUUUCUUUAUUUCGGAGAGAGGUAGGAAGGGGGGAUAAAUGCAUUUGUAAACACAUUUCUUUAUUUUGGAGAGAGGUAGGAAGGGGGAUAAAUGAAUUUUUAAACAUUUCCUUAUUUUGGAGGGAGGUAAGGAGAGCGGAUUCAUGAAUUGUUAAUCUGGUGUCCUUGAGGAGUCCCUAGAAGGACAUGUUUCACAAGGGUUAUGAAUUAUUUUUGAUGUACGACAUUACACAUGCACACACAUUCACUCGUAUAAAAACACACAUAAAUGUGCACACACAAAACACAGAUAAUGAGAUUACAAUUACUAAAACUCAGAUUAGAACUACUAAAAUUGAGGUUACAAUCAAUAAAAUGCUUGUCUGGU